AUGACGGACGCAGGCAAACAGAGCGCCCGAAGGCUCACCCGAUGCCGAACAGGGUGCGAUGAGGGCAAACCGCGGUGUCGCAAUUGUAUCGAUCGGAACUUUGAGUGCCAGUAUGGCUCGCAGUUGACCUUUCUGACGAAGAAUGCACAGACUGUGCAGCCGUCGGAAGUGGGCAGUCUACCGGCCAGCUAUGAAGUUAUUCGAUUUGUCAAUGAGGAUCCUGAGAAUGCUAAGGAUGAGAUUGAAGAAGGAGAGGAUGAAAUAUCACCGCCGCCCGAAGAACCUCAGCGGCCACGCCAGGACCCUACCGGUUCUGAUGUGGGUAGACAGACAGAAUCGGAAUCUCUCUCAGAGCUACCAAUCUGGUCGGCCGAUGAGCCCUCAACUGAGCCACCAUCCCAACCCGCAAUGGCGUUGUUCAGUGAUAAGGAUGAGUCUGCGGUCGCAGGGCUAUUGGCACUGGGAACAAGCACAACCGAGCCAAUCGGGCCUCCUCUGAGUCUAUCGGAGUUUACGAUCUCCCCUCCAACAAGGGAACGGUCGCUGGCCCAAGUUAUGACGCCGGUCAACUUCCCCGAUUACUCGGUGACUUUCUCCCCAGGUCCACUUACACAGCCUGUGGCUGUCAGUUCUGAAUUGUCACCCACGGAGACGCUCGAAUUGUUUCGCCAUUAUCGCUACGAGGUAGCCCCAUGGCUCGAUAUGUGUGACCUGGGGCAAAUAUUCGGAAUCCAAGGCUUGCAGUUGGCAAUGGUCUCACCUCCGGUCCGAGAUCACGUUCUGGCGCUCUCUCAGGCAUCUAAAGAUCUAUUACGUCCAUUCUCUUCACACUCGCGAAUAAACAAGAGUAUCGUCGGUAAUUUCCCUCCAGACGGGCAAUUGGACAUCACAACGAUCGCAUUUCUGCACGUCUUGAACAAGGCCAAACACUGUAUUACGGAUAUGCCCUCGGCAUGGUCUUUGCAAAGGGAGAGCCACAAGGACUUUCUCGAGCCAAUCAGUGCCAAUACAGUUGGCAGAGAUCUCAACUCAGCGAUAUACUGGCUGUACUUGAGACUCGAUCUCGGAGCAGCUCUGGCCGCAGAUACUAGUCUCCAAGCUCCAAUCCCUCCAUCGCCACCUUACUUUGCAGACGGAGAUAUUGAACCCGAUCCCUUUGGGCUGGUCUUUUCAUAUGCCCAUCGGCCUCUCUGGCUUUGUGCGCGCGCUAUAGAAUUCAUGCAUAACGAAGAUCCCUCUCCACACCUGCCCCCGCUUCACGCGUGGAUGCAAAUAAUCGAAGAGCUAGAGCAGUGGUACCGGGAACGACCCCAGGGGUUCCAGCCAAUGCUAGAGAUUGAGACGGACGACCAGGCUGCUGACCCGAGUCAGAGCUUUCCAGUUGUCCUUUUUGCCAACGGGGCUGGUGUCUUUUCCAACCAAUUGUAUCACACGGCCAUGUUGCUCUUGCUACAUAGCCGUCCACGAACAGUACACAUUGCAGACAUUCGGUCUGCGACGAUGUCUCCGCUCUGGCAUGCCCAGAGGAUCUGCAGCAUCGCUCUAAAUAAUGAGCGACGCGAGUGUUGGGAUCCGUGUCUGCUGGCGUCGUUCCUGACAGCCGCACGUCGCAUGACCCAUGAGUCGCAGCAGCAGGAGAUCUUACGAGGCUUUGAGCACAUCCGAAAGAUCACUGGAUGGAACGCUGGAGAACUUCUCAGGGAUCUCCAAGUGGAAUGGGGAUGGCCGGAGGCAUAG